AGUAGUUCAGCUUCUGUUAUCAACUCAAAUUCUCUGAUUCCGUCUCCGAUCAAAACUCCGACGAUGGAUCAACCGGCGGAGUCAUCUGACUCGAAAGGUUCUAAGAAAGACUUCUCCACGGCGAUUUUGGAGAGGAAGAAGGCCCCUAAUCGCCUUGUUGUUGACGAAGCCGUCAACGAUGAUAACUCUGUUGUUGCUAUGCACCCUGUCACCAUGGAAAAGCUGAAGCUUUUUCGGGGAGAUACCAUCCUACUCAAGGGCAAGAAAAGAAAAGACACAGUAUGCAUUGCCCUUGCUGAUGAGUCAAUUGAAGAGGCCAAGAUUAGGAUGAACAAGGUUGUCAGAACAAAUCUGAGAGUAAGGCUUGGGGAUGUUGUAUCUGUGCAUCAGUGCCCUGAUGUUAAGUAUGGGAAGAGGGUUCACAUUCUGCCCCUUGACGAUACUAUAGAAGGUCUUACCGGGGAUUUGUUUGAUGUAUACCUGAAACCUUACUUCUUGGAAGCAUAUCGCCCAUUGAGGAAGGGAGACCAUUUUCUUGUCAGAGGUGGGCUGAGAAGUGUAGAAUUUAAGGUCAUUGAGACUGAUCCAGGGGAGUAUUGUGUUGUUGCCCCUGAUACUGAAAUAUUCUGUGAGGGGGAACCUGUGAGGAGGGAGGACGAGGAUCGACUAGAUGAGGUUGGCUAUGAUGACGUAGGUGGUGUCAGGAAGCAAAUGGCCCAGAUUCGUGAAUUGGUGGAGCUUCCUCUAAGACAUCCUCAGCUCUUCAAAUCUAUUGGGGUGAAACCACCAAAAGGAAUUUUAUUGUAUGGACCCCCAGGUUCUGGAAAGACUCUCAUUGCUAGGGCUGUUGCUAAUGAAACGGGAGCUUUCUUCUUCUGUAUUAAUGGACCUGAAAUCAUGUCCAAGCUAGCUGGAGAGAGUGAAAGCAAUCUUCGAAAGGCAUUUGAAGAGGCUGAGAAGAAUGCUCCGUCUAUCAUCUUUAUUGAUGAGAUUGACUCCAUUGCUCCGAAGCGUGAGAAGACACACGGUGAAGUUGAAAGGAGAAUUGUUUCCCAGCUGUUGACCCUUAUGGAUGGGCUGAAAGCUCGAGCUCAUGUCAUUGUUAUGGGGGCCACAAAUCGUCCUAACAGCAUUGAUCCUGCUCUUAGAAGAUUUGGUAGGUUUGACAGGGAAAUUGACAUUGGUGUUCCUGAUGAAGUUGGACGCCUUGAAGUCCUCCGCAUACACACGAAGAACAUGAAACUUUCCGAAGAUGUUGAUUUAGAAAGAAUAUCAAAAGACACGCAUGGCUAUGUUGGGGCUGACCUUGCUGCUCUCUGUACCGAAGCUGCUCUUCAGUGUAUCAGAGAAAAGAUGGAUGUGAUCGAUCUAGAAGAUGACACAAUUGAUGCUGAGAUAUUAAAUUCCAUGGCUGUGACAAAUGAACACUUCCAAACAGCGCUUGGUAAUAGCAAUCCAUCAGCUUUGCGGGAGACUGUGGUUGAAGUUCCUAAUGUGUCAUGGGAGGACAUUGGAGGUCUCGAAAAUGUCAAGCGUGAGCUUCAAGAGACUGUUCAGUAUCCCGUGGAGCAUCCUGAGAAAUUUGAGAAAUUUGGUAUGUCUCCUUCAAAGGGGGUCCUUUUCUAUGGACCCCCUGGGUGUGGGAAAACCCUUCUGGCUAAGGCAAUUGCGAAUGAAUGCCAAGCCAAUUUUAUCAGUGUGAAAGGGCCUGAACUGCUUACUAUGUGGUUCGGAGAAAGUGAAGCCAAUGUUCGUGAAAUCUUUGACAAGGCUAGACAGUCUGCACCAUGUGUUCUCUUCUUUGACGAGCUGGAUUCAAUUGCUACGCAGAGGGGAAGCAGUGUUGGAGAUGCUGGUGGUGCGGCUGAUCGUGUUCUGAACCAGCUUUUGACUGAAAUGGAUGGCAUGACAGCUAAGAAAACUGUUUUCAUCAUUGGUGCCACCAACAGGCCUGACAUUAUUGAUCCUGCACUUCUCCGACCAGGGCGUCUUGAUCAACUAAUUUAUAUUCCUCUUCCUGAUGAGGAUUCUCGUCACCAAAUUUUUAAGGCUUGCCUCCGUAAAUCACCUGUCUCCAAAGAUGUCGACUUGAGAGCUCUUGCCAAAUAUACUCAAGGAUUUAGCGGGGCUGAUAUUACAGAGAUCUGCCAGAGAGCUUGCAAAUAUGCUAUUAGAGAGAAUAUUGAGAAAGACCUUGAAAAGGAACGUAGAAGGAGGGAUAACCCUGAUUCUAUGGAUGAGGAUGUCGAGGAGGAAAUUGCAGAGAUUAAGGCAGCACAUUUUGAGGAGUCCAUGAAGUUUGCUCGCAGAAGUGUUAGUGAUGCUGACAUCCGCAAAUACCAAGCUUUUGCUCAGACUCUGCAACAAUCUCGUGGGUUUGGAAGUGAGUUCCGAUUUGCUGAGACUGCGGCUGGGACAACUGCUGCAUCUGACCCAUUUGCAAGCUCUGCUGGUGCGGCUGAUGAGGACGAUCUGUAUAGCUAAACAUUUUAGUUGUUUGGUUAUUUAUUUCAAGUUAUUAUCGAUCCUUUUCAUGUAAGCUCUUGGGUCACUGGUCCAAAGUCCCUAGACAUGUCGUAACUAGGCUUUUGUAAGGUGCUUGCUUACACUGAUUUGAGGUCUUAGCUCCUCCGGGAAUAGUUCUAUUUUAGUGCGAUGACGUGCUUUUAUUAUCCCAUAUAUUUGCCUUUAUGGUUCCCGUGCUUUGGUUCUUGAAGUUGAGGAAAGAAAGUAGAAGCCCAGCUAGUGUGAAUAAAUAUGACUAAUGCAGUUUAUUCAUAAGGUGCAAGCCUGAGUCCAUCCUUUUGCUUACCGAGUGCCUGAAAGUUUGUUUUGGCUCCAAUCUUAGUUUCAAUGUAUGCUUAUUUAAUGUCUUCACGGUUUGUUUGUCCCCUGUUUUCAGUUUAAGGCAGGCAGAUGAAAUACAAUGCCAAUUUUGUGGUCCUACGUUGUUGUGCAGCUGGUAGUACUUAAGUAUAGCAUACAUCAGAGUUGUUAUCAUUUAAGAGAUGUGGCAGACUUAAACACGUACGGUUACAUCCAAUCUCAUCGGCGUCUAUUAGAAAACAGUACGCAAUGUUGCGAUUUUGCAAAAACAAAUUUAUUCGUUCUAUAAACGGUACUAACUAUUACUUGAUCAGUUGAAUGCAUGGGAAGAGCAUGUUCUAUUCUUAAUACGGAAACAAGGAGCUAAGCACAUAAGAAGAAACAGGACGGGAUGGAUUUACACAUGGAUUUAUCUUCAUUUCCAAAACCAAAAAAACCAAAAAUACUGCCUGAUGAUGGACUCCCAUCGGAUCAGUAUACAUAUAGUAUUUGGGUUUCAUAGUUCAUACAUUCAUGAACUUGAAACAAAAUAUAUCCAACUGAAAUUUAAAAUGUUCAAGGACUCUUACUCUUAGAGUGGUCGCUGCGUGUUAGGCAAGGGAAUGCCCCCAGAGGAAGAUAGUUAACAUAUCGACUUGGAGCCGACGAAUGCCUCAAUCCCUUAGGCAUGCAGUUUCGCACGGUCCUUCCGACAGGAACUCCUUUCCUGUGAUUCAAAUGUGGUGGAUUCAUCAUGACAUAUCCUCCACCGCCGUUGUUAGUUUCGUUGAAUAUGGUUGUACUUGGCGCGCUAUACGGGAACUUUCUCGCUGUUGCAUCAUUCAGGGAAGGUAGCAAAAAGAGCAAAAACACAAUGCAGAUAACGUGUACAGAUGACAUCUUUGUAACUUCUUUACUUUCUUUUGAGUUUUGAGUAGUAGAAAAACCUUUGAGACAAUUCAAUGGUGUUGGGAGAAAAGGAGGAGGAGGGAGGAGGUCCUUAAAUAGUAGAAGGGAUCCUGAUAAAUUUAUGAAUGCGUGUGAGGAGGCAGAUGGGAUUAAUUUGCACAGCUCAGCUGAAUUUAGGCACGGAUAUGUGCACUGUAGAUCAGUGAUCAUCAGUAGACUCUGUAAUAUUAUAGGAGAGAAGUGUGGUCAUGAGUUGUUGGAGUUGGGUUGGCCGGUUGGGGCUCUCUGCUUUUGAUCUGUGAAUGAAAUGAAGGUCAGGAUGCUCGUGAAUUUCUCCCUUAGCACUAAAGUCAAAAUCUUUCCCUUCCUAUCAUAUUUCCCUUAAAUGUUAUGUAAUCAGUGUGCAUUAACUUCAUAUUUGAUGAUUUUAGUGGACAUUGAC